UUUAAAGAAAGAAACAAAUGGGCUUUGGUGUAUGGCAAAAAUACAUUCUGCGCUGAUAUGAAGAGCACACAACGGAGUGAAAGCAUGAAUAAUGUUUUGAAGAAAUAUUUAAGUUCCAAAUACAAUCUUUUGUGUUUCUUCACACAUUAUGAACGAGUAGUGGCUGAUCGACGAUAUCGAGAAUUGGAAGCUGAUUUCAAAAUGAGGCAAAGUACCCCAAUAUUGUAUGUUGAUGUGGAGAUGUUGAUGGAAGCGGCAAAAGCAUACACUCCGGAAGUAUUUAAAAUGUUCCAAAAUGAGUACAAAAAGUUUCUUAGUCAUACAAUUCAUAAAAGUGGUGAAUUUGAUACAGUGUUAGAGUUUCAAGUUGUUUGUAAUGACAAAGUUGGAGGCCGUCUUGUCAAAUUUGACACAUCAAACAAUACCGUCACAUGUAGUUGUAAGAAAUUUGAGUUUGUCGGGAUACUAUGUAGCCAUGCACUAAAAGUUCUGGAUUAUUAUAAUAUAAAGGUGCUUCCUUCCAAUUAUAUUUUGAAAAGAUGGCAAAGAGAUGCAAAAGUUGGUGCUGUGAAGGACCAUCUUGGGUUUACCAUACAAGGUGAUCCUAAGAUUUCUUUAGGGAAGCGUUAUAGCUAUUUGUGUCGCAAGUUUGUUAAAAUUGCUUCAAUGGCUGCGGAAUAUGAAGAUGCAUUUGAUUUUGCUGAUAGAUAUUCAGACAAAUUUCAUGAUGAAUUGACAGAGUGUAUAAAAGGGAUCAAGAAACUUCCAUUGAUGACAUAUCAAACUAAUGAUGAAAAUGUAGAUGCUGAAAUUGUUUGUCAUCAAUCGACUGACAAUGAGCUGCCAAUUAUGACAUCUCAAAUUAAUGAUGAAAAUGUAGAUACUGAAAGUGUUCAUCAUCAACCGACUGACAAUAAAGUUACUUUCGUUGAUAGUCUCCGCUCACAAAUUGUAAGUGGGAUUAAAAUGAAGCCUAAAGUUGUAGGUGAUCGCCGUACAUUUAAAAAUCCUUUAGAUAAAGGAAGGAAGAAAAAAUCCAGAACCGGAUCCAUUCAGCUACAAAUGAAUCAAGAGAGAAAUGAUUCAACCCAAGCACCAAAUAUCUUUCACCUUCCUUCAUUUCACCCUUCACAUUGUCCAAGUGUAUUCUCUCAACUAAGCCAAGUCAAUCAGGUAUUAUGGACAUUUUAUUUACUAAACUUGUCAUAACAUUUGUUAUCCACAUUACAGUUUUUUAUACUUUAUUUUUUCAUACCAGGGUAAAAAAGUUCCUAUAGUGAGUCCUUUUGGAUUACCGGUAGCUUAUUAUGGGUACCAUCAACCUAAUAUUAACAUAUACCAGCAAAAUUCCUUGAGCAUCAGAUCUCAGGGUAGCUUUGUUACUAGCGGGAGUUAUUUUGGAGUACCUGGUGGAAGUUGGGUAGCUGGCACCAGUGGAUCCAUGAAUGCACACCAUCUGCCUCUUGUGGGUGCCAAACAGGCAUCAACUGGUAACAACAAAAUUAUUCGAGGACCAGCGCCUGCCUAAGUUUGGAGGGCAGCGGGUUCGAUGUCAAUGUUAGCUGGAUUGCUGUUUGAAGGGCAGAAUAGUUGUUUUGUGCUAUGAAUGUAUGGGGGAUUUCUUGGAUGCAGAAUAUGAGAUAUUGUACUAUGGAUGUAUGGGGUCUUUUUGUUGUAUGCAAAUCUACUCACCUUUUGCGCAUGUUGGAUUUGUUGAAUGCGAGGAUAGCCCUUUUCCAUCAUUUCUUGUUGUAAGAUGUGGAGCUUACUAUUGGUCUUAUGCUAGGGUUUGUAAGGCUAUUCCACUUUAGUUCAGAGGUGGUGUUUUUUUGGUGUGUUCGAGU